AAAUUAUUAGUGUUAUGUGCUAAAAUGUUGUUGUUGUUUCUGUUCGGCCUGGCCCUGAUUCAAGCGCCAGAAUCGACGCGAGGUGAAGACUUUGGCUACGAUGGACAGUCAGGUCCAUCGCAUUGGGGUGACCGGUACCGGGAGUGUCGGGGGAAACACCAGAGCCCCAUCAACAUCAACAUCCUGACGGUCAAGAACGUCGCGCUCCCUGACCUCGUGUUACGGGGCUUCGACGACCCCAUCGAUGACGUGCAUGUUACUAAUAAUGGACACACGGUGCUAAUCGAAGUGGAGAACGAACCUCAUCCGUCCAUCAGCGGUGGUCCCCUGGACGGCGGGUACAUCUUCAGCCAGAUGCACUUCCACUGGGGUGACAACGAUACCCUCGGCUCCGAAGACAAGAUCAACCAUAGGAGUUUCCCUAUGGAGCUGCACAUGGUGUUCUUCAAGGCGGAAUACGGCAGCGUGUCGGAGGCGGUGCAGCACAAGGACGGACUCACCGUCCUCGCAUUCUUCUACGAGUUGGACCGCCACAAGCACCCAGCGUACGACGACAUAACCUCAGCGCUCGCCAACGUCACCGACCCCCACACGAGCGUCGUCAUGACCAAUCCGUUCUCCAUCCUCAACAUUCUGCCGCUUGACCUGCGGAGAUAUUUCACGUACCGGGGUUCGCUGACAACACCACCGUGUUCCGAAGUGGUGAUAUGGCUGGACUUCGAGCAGCCGGUGCGGUUGGCUCAUGAUCAGAUAGAAUCAUUCCGGGAGCUUCGUUCGGGCACUGGCAAGAUAAGGCACAACUUCAGACCGAUACAGCCCAUCGGAGACCGGACAGUCUACUACAAUGUUGACAACAGCUACUACAAUUACAACGAACUGGACGGGCCCGAGCGAGAUGGGUGGCCGAAGAAAAGAAACGGUGGCACGUCCACUGUGGUUAAUUACGUCGUCUUCGUCACAACGAUUAUGUUAAGUUUAUUAUGAAAUUACUAGUAAAGGAUUAUACUUAGACCUACGAAUAAUAAAAACUAAGGAAAAG